CCAUAUGAUGUGGGACCUUUCGGCAACUCCAAUUUGAAUCUUUGAGUACUUGUGCUAACUGAAAAAAUGAAAAUAAUGUGUUGAAAAGAGCAUCGACAUUCGACCCAAAUUCAUCAUUUGCAACAAGCAAGCGCAAAAUUCCACCAAAUCAGGGUUCUCAGAUUUUCAAUGUGGCGACACAAUUCAUUUUCGGAGAUUCAUGAUUCUGAUCAAAGUAUUUCUGACGAUGAUGAUGAAGAAGAACAAGGUCGUAAAUGGUCGGAGAACUACGUUUCGUUAGCCGGAACGUCGGAUUGUAAGAAGAAAAGCCUGGGAGUUGCAUCACAACUUGAGUUACUCAAAGGUUUUCGCCAGAGGGAUUCAGGCUUCUUGUCUGAAGAUGAGGUGGAAGCACCAGAUUUUUACAAGAGGAACCUUGAUUGCGAGAAUAAUGUUGAAUGUGACUCAAUCAUCAUAAAAGCUGGUGGUUCGACUUGUGAUCCAAAUGAGAGGAUCUCUAGUGUUAAGAAAGGAAGGAAUAUUUUUUCCAAAUCCAUCAAAGAAGGGAAUAAUGUAUCUGAGAUGCUCGAUCUUUAUACCAAAGGAAAUGAAAAACAAUUUGAGCCCUGCACAUCUUCUGAGGUUGACAAAGAGGCGAGAAGAAUGGGUCAACUAAGUGAAAGGGCCAGAUGGUCUACAUGCCAUCCGUUUAAUUCAAAAAACAAGAAUCUUGGUGGAAGAUGUAAAAUCAAGAAAAAAUCUUCAUCUUUACAGCCACAAAAACAAGUAGAACUGCGGUCUGUUUGGAAAGAUAAGGAUCUCAAUUCAUCCAGUGAUGAUGAGUUACAUGAUAAAGCUGAGCCCAGUGGAUAUCAGCCUAUUGAUAAGAUUAGUCCUGUACUCCUUGGAGGUAGUGAUGUUGGGACAUCAAGUCUUGCAUUGCCAUUGGAAGCAGCUAUAGAACAUGAUAAUCAUAGACGAUCCAUGGCUGAACUUUUGGACAACCUCCAGGGAAAUACCAGCAAUCCAAUCUUGAAGCCAAAAAAGGGUAGUAGGAGGAAAGGACGAGGAAAGCGCGCUGUUAUCAGAAGCAUGACUUUGCCUGGCAAGGAUUUAGUAAGUGAUGAAGACCCUUGUGAGGUUAUGCAUAGUGGAUCAUCAACAGACAAUGAGGACAAUGCUCAAAAUUUAGCACUUGCUAUAGUAGAAUCUGGAAGGAAAUCAAUGGCAGACAAAUUCCAGGAAGCCUUUGAUUGUGCUUCAGUGGUAGAUAAAAGACCUUCCUUUACAGCACUGAAACAAUCUAGUACUGGACUCUUUGGAAGAUUGCUGCAUAUGAUGCAACAGCAGAAGGAACAAGAUGCUGAUUUCUUGAAGAAGGUGCAGACUGAAGUUUGGCCGAAAGAUGAAGCAAGGUGCAUUGAUGUGAAGAUAUUAUCAAGAUCCUUUGAUGCAAAACUGAGUGUUUGCAGUUGCUCACUUAUUGAAAACGAAGAGAGUUCGCUUCAGAACCCUCAGCAGGAAAAUUUUGGGAAGAUUUGGACCGUCAUCUUCAACUCGAGGGUUUGUGGUGAUGUCAAUCUGGACAUAGGGAACUUAAUCCGUAUCUAUCCACCAUGGAAAGAGGUACAGGUCUUAAAGGGUGGAGAGAUCAUAAUUCUGACGUUGUACUUUUCCCAAUUCCAUACUUGAUUCACAAUGUUCUACCUCGAAUAUAUACAUUUUGAAGAAGAUAUCAGAUUCAAGACACAACAUCAGAUGAUGUUUUAUAGAUCAAAUGAUUCCCUAGUGGAGUGAAUGUCAUAAUUCCUCGGUAAUCAAGCUAAUUUGAUCUCCUCCUCUUAGCCCUUUGGUUUCUCAAUGUAUUGUUUUGAAUUGUAUUAGAAGAACAAGUAGAUUCACUUUCGUAGGGUUAUGAAAAGGACAAAUAUUGUAGAAUACAAAUAUUGUACUUCGUAUAUGUUUUCAUUAAAUAUACUUAGAAAUAUCA